AUGAAUACCACGCUUGACCGAGGAGCGCCGAGACCUGAUGAAUUGAGCGAUGUGGGUUCUCUCUUGAGGCAACCCCAAAUAAUAAUCUGGCUCAAGACCUCAGACCAGUCCUUUGCAAUCCACAAGUCCCUCCUAGUCGAGUCCUCGAAAUACUUCCAACGCUGCCUCGACGGGCCCUUUGCCGAGUCCCACACAAACACAAUCGACCUCAACGACACUGACACCGACGGCAACGCAGACGCAGACGACGACGGCGCCAAAGUCAACGUCAGCAUCAGCCCGCUGACCCUGGGCACCUAUGUGAAACUGUGCUACUUCACCCGCCUCACAGCCCAGCGCGUCAAACGCUGCCGCCGCAAUGCGGCGGACCACCCGGGCGAGGACGCCGUCUACUACGAGGUCUCCCCCUUCUCCCUGAAACCCUGCGACAUGCACACCCCGCACGACCUGACGGAGCUCGUCGACAUGUGGUCCCUCUGCGACCGUUUCCACGACGACCUGCUCCUGGGGAAAGUAUCCACCGCCAUCCGCGAGACGCUCAACGUCGGGGCCACGAAGCUCGGCGGCAGCUGCGGCGGCGGCGGCGGGGUUGGGGACGCACAGCAGCAACACGGCGCCGAGUGGUGGGUCUUCAACUUCGCCAACGGCUACGUCGCGCUGGCGAGUCUUCACCGGAGGCGGGACGACGACGUCGAAGGGUUGAUGGAGAGGUUGCGGGAUCUGUUUGUGCAGAACUGUUCGCCGGCUUCGUGGGAGAGGCUUGCGGGCCAGUUGCCGAGCGAGUUUGUGGUUGCGGCGUCGAUUGCGUUCCAGGCCAAGAUGGCGACGUUGAUGCCGCACGAGGCGGCGAUUGCGAGGGUGAAUGGGGCGAGUCUGUGUUAUGAGUGUAAGACUAGGGUGCAGACGGCUUUGAAGAGAUGA